AUGCAAACUCUUAAAGAUAUAAAAAAAGAAUUGAAGUCUCAUAAGCAAAUAAAACAAAGGAGUAACUCACAGAUUAUUCAAAUUGUUGAUAACAUAAAAUCUCAAAUUCAUGAGCAAGAGGCUAUAAUUGUAACUUCGCAAAAUAAACAUCAUAGUGCAUUACAAGAUUGCCAAAGAAUUGAAGAUGAAAUGAGAGAGCUUAAUGAUAACCAUGAUUCAAAAAUAGAAGAUAUUAUGAAAAAUUAUGAUAAUAACAUUAAGCAAUUAGAGAAUGAAGCUGAUUCAAUGAGAACAGAAAUGACAACAAAUAAGGAAAUGUAUGAUAACGCUUUAAUUGAGUUAGAGAAGGAAAGAGAAAAGUUAUCUGCUUUUGAUGAAGAACUUGGAGAACUUCAAAAUGCAUUUAGGGCCAAAACUAAUCAAUUAAACAACAUACAAUUGGAAAUUACAAACCUUAAUCAUGAAGUUGACAAAGUACUUCAAGAAAAGGGAAUGUCUCAACAAAUUGUUCAGCAAAUGGAAAGAGAAAAUGAUUGGAUUAUGCAUCAAAAGCAUCAUUUUGGUGAAGUAAAUUCUCUGUAUGAUUUUGAGAAUAAUAGCCCAAAUGAGUGUAAAAAAAUUACAAGAAAAACACAAUAUGAUUUUGGGGCAAUUUUCAGUGAAUUGUUGCCAAACAAUUUUGCAAAACUUCAACCACCAGCAAAUAAAGAAUUAAAAGAUGGUUUAGAAGUUAAAGUACAACUUGGCUCAGUAUGGAAAGAGGGUUUAAAUGAAUUAAGUGGUGGACAAAGAUCACUUAUUGCAUUAUCAUUGAUUUUAGCUUUAUUACAAUUUAAACCAGCACCAAUGUACAUUCUUGAUGAAGUGGAUGCAGCUCUUGAUUUAUCACAUACACAAAACAUUGGACAACUGUUACGAACUAGAUUUAAAGGAUCGCAAUUUAUUGUAAUAUCAUUAAAAGAAGAAUUAUUUAAUAAUGCUAAUGUUUUGUUUAUUGCAAGGUUUAGAGAUGGUACAUCAAUCGUUGAAGUAAGUGGUUUAUAA